GCAAUCUCCAGCAAUUUAUAGACUUCCAAUUUGCGCUUCUUUUAGGAGCGAGUCCCGAGAUUCUCGACGUGUUUGUUGUUUGGGAUGGAGAUGUCCCACCAGAAUGCGAAGGCUGGUCGAAAUGGUCGAAAUGGUUGAGAUGCAAGAGGUGGAAUGAUAUUGGGGUAAAAACGAUGAAGUUGUACAAAAGAGAGAAAGGUCCACGGUAUAGGGUAAACUUCGAAUUUCUCCUCGAAUUGCUGGCUGAGAGGGAUUAUCGCGACGUGAUACAUUGCUCUCUUAAUAGCCAUUUAUCACGAGAAAUAAUUCAAUGACCAGCAUGCAUCACAGUGGACAGGCCAAUGUCGAGACUCUCCGAGAGUGGUAGUGCACAUAUCAUUCUCAACCAAGUGAUCAGGAAGGUAGCCGGAUGUUCUUACUGUCCAGCCACUGUUCAUCAUGUUCGACUCGGAAAUGUUUCUUUUGAAAAAAAUCCCCCUUGACUAAAACCCCGCUUGAAACAUUAGAUGAAGUUUCCUAGUUUUAGAAUAUUCAGCAGUAGGAUCGGGUACGUUUUGUUCGGAGCCAAGAAAACUCAAUCUGAUUGUAUUAGUGAAUAUUUGUGGCUGUACAACUAUCAAGUCUAGCGUCUUGAAUACUUUUCCCGCGUUAUAUCAAACUCCGUUUUUCUAAUUCAUAAUCAUACACUCAUCAUCGAAGACAAUACAACUCUUUUGCAGCGAUAUUGACAGUCUCUUCAGAGUCCACAACAAAAUGUCUGAUCAAUUCUCAUCAAGCGCUCAACCCUCAACAACCCCUGGUCUCCAAAUCCGAGCUAUGAAUAUCUCAGAUGGCUCACCCCCUUUCCUUUGUAAUACGACUCUCCAAAUCAUUCCACCAUCAGACUUCUCAACAAUCUCGGCUGCACUCAUCCAAGCUAUCAAUCUUCAAGCUUCAUCUAAGAACUUCUCAUGCGCAGAAGGAGAUCUAUCCGUCUUCAUUCACUGGACGGAAGAAACCCCCGAUAAAUACGCAUACCAAACGGCAUCGCGAUGCUGGAACAAUAUCUCAUUGGACUUGAUGCUGCUCUCUGAGAAAAAAUUCUCGGUUGAGAGUCCAGAGGAAUUGAAAGAUCUGUGGAGAUUUCUGGCGAAGAGAAAGUAUCGAGAUGAGAUCUUUUGUGUUUUCGAGGCUUCAUCUAUCCCGUCAUCUAUCUGAUCGCAUUUCUGAGUCAGAGAAGAAUAUCGAAGGGAGUUAGAUCACUCUGAGAGAUGAAGCGGAAAGGCGACGGGAUGCGGUCAUGUCUGGGAAGAACUCUUGAUUUGAUUUGAUGGUUACUAGUUUAGACAGGACGUUGCAUCAUUUCUGAAAGUGUGGUUAAAAGCGAAGCUUAGCGUUACUUAU